AUGUCAGCAGCUCCAAAUGGAAAUGAAAAUUCUCCGUUAAUUCCAAAGGAACCAGAUGAACCACAUUCCACACCUGGUAGGGUGACAAGUACGGGUACCAAUUCAUCUGACUCCAAUAGUGCCUUGAGUCAACGACAGAGGGUCCAGAAUGCAGUGUGUAUUCUUGUCACAGAGUUAUGUGAGCGCAUGACCUUCUAUGGAGCAUCUGCAAAUCUAGUUUUAUUUUCCAAGAAUGUGUUAAAGCUACAGUCACCUUGGCCAUCAACAAUCACUCUUUUGUUCACAGGUUUGUUUGUAGAGUUAUCCUAACAUUCUUAUGUGUUAAUUCUCCUCUCUGGCUGCUACAAGUUUCCUUGUAAAUCAGUUAUAGGAAUUUGGUGUUGGAUCAAGAUAACAACUUCUACCUGAUGAGUUUGGGUAAACUCAUUACCUCUUUGCUGGAUAAUGUCAGGAUAUUAUAAGGAGAAGUUUCAUGUUAAUUAAUUGUUGGAUCAUGCUCCUAAAAGAAUGAAGCUACAUUGUACAUUUAAGUAUUGAUUACAACUGUUUCAAGAAAUGCUAUUGAAAAAAAGUGUAAAAGUGCGUGCAACAACCUUGAAUGCUAAUGUAGGUAGUUUUCAGGUGCUUGACCUUGCAGGAUUUCAGGAAAAUCUGAGAACACCUGACACUUUUAGGAUGAGGCAUAGCAGGGUUGAUUAAUUUAUACAUUCAUUUGACAUAUUAAAAUUUAUUGAUUAUGGGAUGCCCACAUUACCUUUCAAGAUGGUCACAAGCACUUUUGACCUCUUUUUUGGACAACCUAAAUCUUGAAAUAGCUGUAUACACUUGUUGAGACAAAUUGUAGAAAUGUUUCAAAAUAUAUGGAAAAUACUUUUUUGUUCCCCUAUAUUGUUCCUGGGCUCUUGUUAGUAAGACAAUAUCAACUAUUGUAUUGCCUCUCGUUGCAUCAUGCAUGUAAGAUGUUUUAAGGAAAAUAAUAGUCUCAAUACUUUAACUCUGAAGAUCUGAUUGUUCAUUGUCCCCUAUAGCUGAUAAACAGUUUCUUGUAAAUUAAAUAGAAAAUUUGAUGUUACAUCAAGAUAACAACUUUUACCUGAUGAGUUUGAGUAUUCUCAUCACCUGUUUACUGGAUAAUGUAUGCAUAUUAUGGGGAGAAGUUACAUGUUAAUCUCUUUUGGGAGUUAAAGGCAAGUAGCCCCUACAUUCCAAUGCUUGUGCCAGGUACACAAUUCAGAACAUUCACCUGCUAAAUGCCAUUUGAAAUACAAGUAAGCUAAACUAAAAGUUUUAACCAUCAAACAACAACACUACUUUUACUUCAGGGCUCAAGCCAACAAUAGAAAUGAAUAAUUGCAAAAGUUAUGACAUGUAGCACAGUGUUAACCCUUAAACUCUUGAGAAUGAUAAGCAUCUAAUUUCUUCCAUCAGUAUCACCCUUGAGUCAAGUGUUAAGGUCAUGAGAAUAAAGGAAAUGAUCACAAGGUGAAGAAACUUGAUUAUGAAACAUAUUCUCCAUGCACGUACCAUAUGAAAUGUAUAGAAAACAGCAUGGUUCAGCUUGCAAACUGAUGUAAAGGUAGUGUAAAGGUUUGAAAAACAGGAUUAUCCAUGAGCUGAGCUGUUCAACUGUAUUAAAAUUUAAUUUCUUUUUUCCUUUUUUUUUUCCCCAUAGGAACAUGUUUUCUCAGCCCUUUACUUGGUGGGUGGUUAGCCGAUUCUUACCUUAGUCAGUAUAACACCAUAUAUGGAAGCUCUUUGCUCUAUUUUGUGGGAGUUGUGCUUCUAGCCACAGUAUCAACUUCUGAUAAUUUGUUGAAAAGCAUAUUUAAUGCAUCGGGAAGAGUGGUGUUCUUUAUCCUGGCCCUUGUGUUGAUAGCAUUUAGUGCAGGAGGAAUCAAAGCCAAUGUGUCGCCCUUUGGAGCAGAUCAGUUGAAACAGGAUGGUCCAAGAGCUCUUCAGACCUUUUUCAACUACUUUUACUGGUUCAUUAACAUUGGAGCCUUCCUAGCUUUUACUGUGGUGGUUGCAGUCCAGCAAAAAGACAUUUUCUCUGGUUAUGCCAUUGUAGUGGGUUCUAUGUUGCUUGGAAUCAUUGUAUUUCUCACCUGUCGCAAUAGGUACUUGGUCAAGCCACCAGGUGGUAGCCAACUAACUGAAACUGCAAAAAUAAUUCACAAUGCCAUAAAAAAUCGGAAACAAAACACUGGUGGCUGGAUGGAUGGAGCAAAGAGCAGAUUUGGAGGAAAGUUUGGUGAUGAUCAGGUUGAAGAUGUCAAGGCUGUGUUAAGACUACUUCCUGUGUUCAUCACUUUCAUCUUCUAUUUUUCAGUUUACUCCCAGGUAAGCUUUGUCACCAUGAAAUCAUAACAGUUAUAAAUGAAGGAAUGUUUUUGUUUGUAAUGAAUUGAGAAAAAAUUAAGGAAAAAUGGGGUAACCAGUCAACUCGCCGACGGACCAACUCGCCGACGCCAACUCGCCGACGUAUAAAAUCGAGUAGAGACGUCGGCGAGUUGGUCGUCAGUCCAAUACAACUCAUUAGAAGUUAAACAUACAGAAAAUUAAACGAUAUUUAGUAAAAAAACACAGGUGAACAUAUGUGAACAUCUAACAGAAGCUUAAACAUUGAUGAACAUUGAUGAACAUCACCAAUGACUAUAACAGCUUAAGACGAGAACGAGUUAUUGUGCGACAACAACACCGUAAAGACUCAUCAUGUCAAUCGCUCAGAUUUUUUAACGAAAACUUGGCUUUCUAGACAAGAUCUUUAGUAAAAAGCAUUUCUUUUUAUUUGCAACAAAGUUUGUAAGGAUCUCAAGGCGAAUAAAGGGAAGUAAACAUCACCAAUGACUCAAACAGCUUCAAACGCGAACGAGUUAUUGUGUGACAACAACACUGUAAAGACUCAUCAUGACAAUCGGUCAGAUUUUUUAAGAAAACUUGGCUUUCUAGAUAAGAUCUUUAGUAAAAAGCAAUUCUUUUUAUUUGCAACAAAGUUUACAAGGAUCUCAAGGCGAAUAAAGUAAAGUAAACAUCACAAUGACUCUAACAGCUUCAAACGCGAACGAGUUACUGUGUGACAACAACACUGUAAAGACUCAUCAUGACAAUCGGUCUGAUUUUUUAAGAAAACUUGGCUUUCUAGAUAAGAUCUUUAGUAAAAAGCAAUUCUUUUUAUUUGCAACAAAGUUUAUAAGGAUCUCAAGGCGAAUAAAGUAAAGUAAACAUCGCCAAUGACUACAUCCGCUUCAGACGCGAACGAGUGAUUGUGAAGCUGUUAUAGUCAUUGGUGAUGUUCACCAAUGUUCACCAAUGUUUAAGCUUCUGUUAGAUGUUCACCAAUGUUCACCAGUGUUUUUUUUACUAAAUAUCGUUUAAUUUUCUGUAUGUUUAACUUCUCAUAAGUUGUAUUGGAUUGACGACCAACUCGCCGACGUCUCUACUCGAUUUUAUACGUCGGCGAGUUGGCGUCGGCGAGUUGGCGUCGGCGAGUUGGUCCGUCGGCGAGUUGACCGUAAUUCAAAAAUGGCAAUUCCAUGCUAUUUGUUGAUGUUGCGAUUGUUUUUUCAUUACAAGUCAUUGGAUUUAACAUAAUUUAAUUUUCUGUAACAAUAAUAAAAUGUCUUAACUGACCAUACAAUCUACUAAACUGAGCAUCCUAUAUGGUACUUCAAAAAUUCUGAUUCACUUUCUGCAGCUUCUCUAGUGUUAAGAAGAAGAGAAGAGGAUCACAACCAAGAUGUGAAUUGUUAGAAGAAAUUGAAACUUAAGGCAAUAUUAGCUUGAAACUUUUUCUUUUCUUUUCUUUCAGAUGUCCACGUCAUUUCUCAUUCAAGGUACAUACAUGAAGCUAAAUUUUGAUGGCUUUUCUGUGCCAGCAGCAUCUUUGUCAUUGUUUGAUAUAGUUAUUAUUCUGGUGCUUGUUCCCCUCAUGGACCAUGCAAUUUAUCCUCUUAUUGAGCGCAGCGGGAUUAAGUUGACAUCCUUGCGGCGCAUUGGUGUAGGGUUCAUGUUAUCAGCAGCUUCUAUGCUUGUAGCUGGGCUGAUUGAAAUAAAACGACGGACAGUGUGGCAACAUGGGGAUAUUUGCAUGCAGACGGUUUUUAAUGAGAGUCACAGUGCCUCAUGUUUUAGUAUUUUCUGGCAAGCACCACAGUUCUUAUUGGUUGGAUCUAGUGAAGUGUUUGCAACCAUUAGUGGUAAGUGAAUUUCACUGAUGUUUUUCUUAAGCAAUUGUCAAGUGGAUGUUGAAAGUAAUCUGGGAUGGCUUCAGUUUUACUUAACUUUGCUCUGUCUGAUUGGUCCAGGCAUCAUGUGUCAUCCUCUCAACCAAUCAGAUGCAAAACAAUAAAAACAAUCACGACUUAACCAUUCACAUUUUUCCAUGCUUCAAGUAGUUUGCUUGUCACUUUGAGUUCUUAUUGGUGAAUGAUAAUUUGUUCUGAUUGAUCACUGGGAUAAGUUUUGUUUUGGAUUUCUUGACACUACUGCCUUAAGCCCUUGAAAAUGUUAACCUAGCCUCCUUCUCUUCAUUAUGAUUUGACCAUUUUAUGCAAUGUUUCAGGAGACACGAUGGGUAAGGGAAGGAGUAAGACAUGGUUACUAAUAGUCAGUUCAGGAACCUUUUUAAGAAAAAAUUGUCUCACCUGUGUAUUUCAUCCCCAGCCUUCUCUACAUGAGAAAUUUCCAUGUUUUUCCAUGAGGGGAAUUUGUAGAAAUCCACAGUGAUAUAUUUUUUUUCUGUCUCUUUGUAUCUGCAGGUCUAGAAUUUGCAUAUUCACAGGCUCCUGAAUACCUUAAAGGAGUGAUCAUGGCCCUUUUUCUAUCAGCCUCUGGCAUAGGAAGCUAUAUUGCAAACUUUGUAGUUGCUAUUGUCAGCAGCGAUUGGUACCCUGAGAAGGAUCCCAAUCAAGGUCAUAUGGAGUACUUCUUCUUCAUGAUGGCUGGUUUGAUGACACUUAAUUUCUUGUUGUUUCUGUUAAUUGCAUCCUCCUACAAAUACAAGGAAUCAUCCUCACAAAGUGAAGAUACUGAGGAGGACCAGGAUGCCCAUGAACUGACUAUUAGUGUUUCAUCUGUGCAUGGCUGAGUAACAUGUGUCAAUUUGCUACUGAAUGUGCAAAAACUGUGGUGUGCACCUGUCAUGUAGGAAGUCUUUAGUGCAUGGUCUUUGAGACAAUGCUGGCAAUCAAAGUGAAGGGAGUAGUUCAAGUUCAAGUGUGAAUCAUCUAAAAGCAUACAGGAACUAACAAAAAAAGGAAUCUCUAUUUUUUUCAGUAUGUGUUCUGACCAUAAUCAAGGUACAAAAGUUCAAGGAGUUUGGAUUCUAUUGCCAGGAGAGAAUGUGAAAAGCAGAUCCAAACUCUGUGGGAGUGAGUGGUGGAAAAAAAAUUAAUGUUAAAAAAAAAAGGAGACAAAAAAGUUGCAAAAUAAAUAAACUAUUUGGCAAGUUUUUACCAUUCAAGAAUUCUACAAUUUAUAUUACUACAUACCACACAUGAAAAUCAUGCUUCUAGUGUGCACUGAUUGGUUAAUGUGGAAGUGGAUAGCACGUGCUAGGCAGCUGAUGAGACAAAAUCGCACAUCACAAGUUUAAUUUCCAACUAUUUUUCUGUAAAUUUAAAGAAUUUAAAUUAUUUUUUGGUAUCUGUGUGGCAUAUACUAGAACACUAACUUGGCAAAAUUUCUGCACAGCCCCAUACUUCAUUAUGCAUCCAUAUAUGGGGCAUAUAUUUAUUAUUCAGUCGGCUGUGUGGAAAUUUUGUUGGUAAACAUUGUGGAUAUUUACCUUAUUCACCAUUAUUCACCUCCAUUUUGGUGAAUAAUUAUUGUUAAUUAUAUCAGUUUCUGGACAAUUUUAGUUAUUAAGCUUGCAUGUUACUGUAGGUUGACUAAAAAUAUCUGAGAGCAAAUAUUUUGAUUUUGUGUUUGUUGGCCUUAUAAAUGAGAGAACUUGAGUACUCUACUCCUUUCACAUAAUCUGCCACC